UGCAGUACCGCGGGCCGCGAAACGGUUACAGCACGGCGGCCGUGGUGUCUGACGGUGUGCAGAGCGCGCGUCGGUCGCCGAUUUCCCGCGCAAAACCGGUCGGGGCAACACUGUGAGCCGGCCGCCCGCCCCACCGGUCCGCCCACCGAGAACGAACGACACAGUCGAGCGCGCGCGCGACCGUUAUCCAACCGACCGAAUUUCAAAUUCAAAAUCGUCAACGACCGCCGAGCAGCAGCCGCCGUCUCGCCGUCGCCGUCCGCGCGAAAAUCGAACAGUUUAUUUAUUUUUUUACACCCUUUGAAAAAAUAUUUUUAAACCGUCGUUUUUCGCCGCCACCACCCACAGACGUGCUCGCGGAUUCAUUCGCCGGCAAACGAAACACGUGAACGAGCGGGUUUCGUCGAGCGACCGUCUUUCGUCGUUGUCCAACGGGGCGCGGGUAAGCAACAAGCCACCAGCACAUCAACAGUCAGCCAUGGUGUUAUCGGAUGUCAACGGGAACGGUAAGAAAUCAGCGGCCGAACGGUGGUUGAGACAGCGCAACGGGCAGCGGGCGUCGGCUGUUCGAUGCAUAUUCGGGCCGCCCGAGAAACGGGCCCAUCUCAUGGUGAUCAUGCGCAACGAGGCGGAAAUGGAACGGAAGCGGAUUGAGUUCGCUGCCCGGUACGAGCCGGUUGGCAUGUCGCCGAACGAGCGCCGUAACUUCUUCGCGGGACUCAUCAAAUCGCCGCCGACAUCGUCGCACCAUCAUCACGGCAACGAACAUAAUACAAAAAAUCCGAAAGCCGAUAACCGCAACAACUACUUCCAACAGCAGCAGCAGCAGCAUCACUAUCACCAGCAGCAGCAAAAGAACAAUAGUUUCAAUCAACCAUCCGACGACGAAAGAAAUUGACUACGAAAUCGACCGACUAUUGUGCGGGGGAGGGGGGACGUAUCAUAAAUCGUGAUCGAUAUUAUAUAUAGUGUUACAUUGUACCUAAUUCGCAACGAUCUCUAGCCCCACGUACAAUAUUAUAGAAAAAGACCAUUUUGUCCGUUUCCUUCUACGUCUGUCUACGUCACGAAUCGUCUCAUUUGUUGCACGAAAUCCGCGCGUAAUUUAGGUUUUUGGGUAUAUAAUCGGGUUAUUAUUAUCUAAUACUAUUAUAUAAUUAAAAGUGUAUUCAUUUUUUAUUUAAUUUUUGUUCCGUUCUAAGUGUUCGUGGCGCACCGGUUGUUCCGCGUUUGCCAACAACUACUUUGUACCUAUUAUAUUUUACUACCUACAAUAAUAUUGUUAGACUUCUAGAAAUUUGACGCGCGUUACAACGGGUACAUAACGUAUUUUAUUGUAACCGUACGCAUCAUAUUGUUUUUAUUACAUUAUAUUACAUGGUGUGAUUGUUGUCCGAGUUUAGCGCCUACACUACCAUACAAAAUAUUGUGAUGCUCGCAUGUGCAUGUAAAAUGAAUGUUAUGUUAUAUUAAUACGAGUGUUAAGGAACAAAAAAAAAAAAUAGGGAAAACAUUCGGCAAAUUAAUUUUUUUACAACUUUACAAUCGUUUCGAGUAGUGUGUGUAUGUGUGCAACAACGUGCGUAAUAAUUAUUCACUCCCUGCAUCUGCACGAACUCAGAUAGAAGAGGUCAAUAAAACUAUAACAAACAACUCGGUUCAGCUGUAGAAUCGAAUAAUAAUCGUAAAAUCAUUUAAUUUUAUUACGCGUUGUACUUUUUUGCCUCGUCUUCGCGUACAACUGUCAUUGCUAGACAAAAAAACGCUGAGAUUUUACAUUAUAUAUUUAAUUUAUAUAAUUUUUUUUUUAAACACAUUUACUCCCUUCUCUCUCCUCUCUUUUAAAAUGUAUUCAUCACCAGAUACUCAAUUGCAGCUAUAUAUGACUAAAUAUAUAUAUUAGCUGUUAAAGAAAUA